AUGGCUUCCACCUUUAAGACGGAAAUGAUGAAAUCUACGGGGAUUUGGAGUUCUUAUAUCGUUGGACUUAAAGUAGAAGAACUGAGAUGCCGCACUGCAGUCGAAGAAGGAGAGGGACACAAGGUGACGCCGUCCGGGACGAGCUUGCUGCCACCAAGAAGGAGACGAGUUAGAGCUUUGGGUCAUGUCGAUCUAAUUCAAGAGCAUGAUUGGGUCGUUGACAUUGUCGAGGAGGAGUGGAGGCGUGACGUUGAAGCAGGAGUCCGGUCCUUGAAAAACGCGGAAGCAGUGAAAUUCCGCAUGAACAUCACAGAUCUCAACGCCAGCAUUAAAUGUAGCCAGUGCCAGCCACGUGCGCCUUGCAUCCGCUGUUUUUUGCACUUUUAUGGCCGAGUAUGUCUCAACCAGUGGUUCUACACUGUAUCGAAGGUCUGGUACGUGGGAGUAUCAGUGUGCCAGCUCGAUAGUUCCAGCGAGUUCACUAUAUUCGGUGUGCUUAUAGUGUUCAUAUCGAGGCACAUUACAGCUUCUUCAACUACUGUAUCGCCUGGAGUUCUAAUAAUGUUCUUCAAGGCGCACACUCUGCGGGGAAUUAAAUGACUCUUUCAAAUUUAUCUCAUCCAUGCUCCAGCACUGAACCUUUGGUUUGAUUUAGCCGCCAGUGUAAAUUUUUUAUGGGGUUGAACCUCCCCUUUCAGCGCUAACUGCCAGAAGAAUAUAAAUUCAAGGCCGCUGAAUUCCAAAAGCCUCAGAUACAAGCGCCUCCUUUGCACGCUCCUAAC